CCUCCCUGCCUCCGGCUCUCUGGUCUCUCGCUAUAGAGGCUCCCACGGCAGUUCCCAGCCACUGUGUUCAGCCUGCCUGCCUGCCUCUGUGUGUGAGUGUGUGUGUGUGUGCGUGCGUGUGUGUAUGCGCGCGCGCGCGUGUGUGCGAGCGUGUGCGUGCGGCUACUUUGUAGUGGGAAGAACACAGCCCAUGUGCUCUGCAUGGACGUUACUGAUACUCUGUUUGGCUUGAUUUUCGACAAGCAGGCAAGAUGUCCAGCACACCACAUGACCCCUUCUAUUCUUCUCCUUUCGGACCGUUCUAUAGGAGACACACACCCUAUAUGGUUCAACCAGAAUACCGAAUCUAUGAAAUGAACAAGAGGCUGCAGUCCCGCACAGAGGACAGCGACAACCUCUGGUGGGACGCGUUUGCCACCGAGUUUUUUGAAGAUGAUGCCACAUUAACCCUUUCAUUUUGUUUGGAAGAUGGACCAAAGCGAUACACUAUCGGCAGGACCCUCAUCCCUCGUUAUUUUAGCACUGUGUUUGAAGGAGGGGUGACCGACCUGUAUUACAUUCUCAAACACUCGAAAGAGUCCUACCACAACUCAUCCAUCACCGUGGACUGCGACCAGUGCGUGAUGGUCACCCAGCAUGGGAAGCCCAUGUUUACCAAGGUGUGUACAGAAGGCAGACUGAUCUUGGAGUUCACCUUUGACGACCUCAUGAGAAUAAAAACGUGGCACUUUACCAUUAGACAAUACAGAGAGUUAGUCCCAAGAAGCAUUCUAGCCAUGCACGCACAAGAUCCUCAGGUCUUGGAUCAGCUGUCCAAAAACAUCACCAGGAUGGGGCUGACAAAUUUCACCCUCAACUACCUCAGGUUGUGUGUAAUACUGGAGCCAAUGCAAGAACUGAUGUCCAGACAUAAAACUUACAACCUCAGUCCGCGGGACUGCCUGAAGACCUGCUUGUUUCAGAAGUGGCAGCGGAUGGUGGCACCGCCAGCAGAACCCACAAGGCAACCGACAACCAAAAGGAGGAAAAGGAAAAACUCCACAAGCAGCACCUCCAACAGCAGCGCGGGGAACGCCGCCAACAGCACCAGCAGCAAGAAGAAGACCACGGCCGCCAACCUGAGUCUGUCCAGUCAGGUACCUGGGCUAGGAGCGACCCUGAACCGCAGCCUCAACCCUGGGAGGGAUGGAGACCUGUGUCAGUCCACAGCAGUGACCCCUGCUGGCCAGUUUAAGGAGAAGCAUUGAGGGGCCCUGAAAGGAGUCCCUCCCCGUCCUCAGAGGUUGGUGGUCCUUGCUCGGGGGCUUAGGGAGAAGAGGUAACACGGGCACCAGCUGGUGGCAUCCCAGGGUCUCCAGCAAGGAGCAGAGGGGUCUGCCUCGUGGGGAGUUGAGACACACGGGUUACUCUCAGGUGGACCCAUAUCGCCUUGGGGGGGUCCCACAAGACAAGGCAGGAAGUUCAGCUCUCACUGUGGAUGUUGAAUGAUGUGGGGUCAGGGGGAUUUUUAAAGAUGUGGGGGUGUGGGGAAAACGAUGCCACACACCCCGUUAGAAGAAGCCCCAAAUGUGCAUUGGGCUUCCCAGGUGGUGCUAGUGGUAAAGAACUCAGCUGACUAUGCGGGAGACAAGAGAGAUGAAGCUUUGAUCCUUGGGUUGGGAAGAUCCCCUGGAGGUGGGCAUGGCAACCCACUCCAGUAUUCUUGCCUGGAGAAUUCCAUGGACAGAGGAGCCUGGUGGGCUCUAGUCCAUGGGGUUGCAAAGAGUCAGACGCAAGUGAAGCGACUGAGCAUGCACGCAAAACGUGCCUUAUGUCUCCAUCCAUUUUGUGAAGAUAGCAAGGCAAGCCCACCUGAGUGGAGAGCCCAUGUGCUAGCCUGGAGGUUUAGCAGAGCCAGCUAGAGUCCUGUGCAUAACUGUGUAACUGUCCUCAAGCCUCUAGGUGCAUACAAAGUCCUUAGCACACAUCUGUUUAAUUAUAACUUGCCAUCUAGUCAUCACUCACACAUGCACACGUGUGCACACACACUCACAUACGUACACCCACAAUUAUGCAUCUGGCUAAAGAUAUGUUUUAUAAUCAGUAAGGCAAACGUGGCAUCUCUCUGAAAUUUCAGAUGCUCAAAAAUAUCUAUGCCUGGGCAUCUUUUCCAGUUGUUCCUGGAACAGAGAUACCCCAAACAUACUAUGAGCCUGUAUGAGCCCCAUUUGAAGAGAUUCAAAUCACUAUUUUCGGAGGACUUCUCUGGAAUGGCUGUUGUUUGCUGAUACAGUGAAGGCAUCUGGAGUGUUGGGAACUUCUUGGCUAAUAUCACGUUUAAAUCGGCUUCUUCUGUUUCCAAAUUGUGCUUACUUCCUCCCAUUCCCCCAGCCUCUCUCGCUGACCUUGGACUCACAGUACUAAUGCAGACGCACGCGUCGGUUCUAACAUUCUUCUCCUGCCCUGUGACACCAAAUACAUGUGUUUUCCCAGUCCUUCAAAGGGCACUGCACACAGAUCACGAGCUGGGAUUCACCCUCGUGUGGCACUUUGCCACAUCUUAACCUGGCCUUGCCUCCUGCCUUUGCUCCUGACUGUAAGCACAGUCUCCUGAGGGCCUGCAAUGAAGGGGCCCUUUUGGUAUCCCCAACACCCAAAGGGGUCGGGUGGAAGCCCCAUUCCAUUUAACGUCCCAUCGGCUUUCUUGACACUCGAAGUCUGUGUCUAUUUUACAUCUCAUUUCAAGAGUCCUUGUGAGGCUCUUAGAAAUCAGUGUAACAUCUAGCUCCUGGUGGCAUCAUAAGGACGUUCUUAGGGACUCACAGUUGAAUACCCCGCCGGCACCUCGAUGGCUGAGUCUACUCAGGUCACCUUUGAGCCAUUUACUUCAUCUGAGACAUUUCUCUUUAACAUCCUUGUUAUCAAUUCACAAGAGUGAUUAGUCUGAAAACACAUCGUGAAACCUAUUGAUUAUCUUCCCUCUAAUUUGAGGGGAAUCGAUCUAUCAGACAAACAAGGUUUUCCAUUCCAAAACAAACCAGAUGGUCACGAAGGGAUUAGUUCAGUGGGCACCUUCAAAAUUUGAGAAGGGUCCUGGAGGGACAGCUGGACCUUUCUCCCAACCACAGGCAGUGUUCCACUCAUAGACUGCCCCAGGCAGCCUCUCUUGCCCCAGUGGAAAGAGCGUUUGCCCAGUUGUCAAGGCAAAUUCGCACCUGUAUCAGCAAAUGCUUACUUACAUCUCCAAAAGCAUCUGGCUGGCCCUGAUGUUUCAGCUUCAGCCGAGGUCGAGGGCAGUCAAGCACUCUUAAGUAGAUUGUUGCUCAGAGUUAGCAGAGCAGGAUCCACCUGACGGAUGCCCUGUGCCGUGCCCAGGUCAGCCACUGGGCCCAUAGCGCCCCCUUGGAAUACAGAGGCCAGAGCCAUGCCUUGGGUAGGCUUUCUCUCCCCUGUCCUCAAGCCUCUGCAGCAGUGGCCUCUGCCAAGCUCCCAGCUCUAGGAGGUGCCUUCCUUGUUUGCAUGGAAGGACAGUUUGUACUUAAAGGAGUGAUUAGAUGGAUUCUUCCUGCACGCUUCCAUCUCUGAUGAUGACCAGCUUCAUCGAUAUAAUUAUCAUUAGUUCUCUUCAUCUUCCUUUAAUGGCACCAGCUGGACAGACUAGUUCUCUUUACUGCCCAGAUUGGUGGUGGGGUUGCCUGUGUGGGGAUAGGUGACAGGCACCAUGGAAUAACAGAUGGUAAAUUCAGGGCUUGUUGGCAAUCAGCAGGUUUUUGCUAAUGACUUAAUUAGCUAUGCAAAUUGUCAAAUCAGUGUGAACAUUGUUUUUAUCGAAAACUUUACCUAAAUUAAUUACCAUAAUUAAGUAGCAGAAUGUCAAGGAUGUUGGCUGCAUAAAAGGGCCUGGCUGAGUAGGAAAAAAGAGAGAUCUGUCUUCAAUUAAAACGUAUACCGUCCUUGGGACAGAGAAGAUGCCGUUUGGAAUGAGUUGCGUGAAGGCGGCAGAACCGCCUCCUCCCCGGCGUUGGCCACUAUUCUCAGUAGUUGGCAAAGCCGUCCCGAGACCCUCAGUAAAAGUGGUGGCGUUUCCGAGGCCUCGCACAGCGCCCACUGCCCUCUCAAGAGUCCCCAGUGUCGGCAGGUUGCAAAGCGUGGAUUUUUUUAAUUUUGAAAAAUCCAUUUUUUUAUUU